AUUGAUAAGGCCAGGGCACCAACCAUUCAACUAGAGAAACUAAUGCAUAAGUUAGUCUCGCCUAUACUGGAAGGAUAUCCUUAUGCUCUGACACACCCUUCAGACCUAAUAUCACUCCUCAAGGAAUUAUCAGCAACUCCUAGCUUCAUAACGGUAUUAGACUUUAAAUCACUCUACCCGUCUAUUAAACUACCGGCAGUAUUUUGCGCCGUAAGAGACCUCCUGUUUAACAUGGUUAAUGAUAAUAGCUUACACCAACAGAUACUAGAAUUGGCACAUCUUAUCUGUUAUAACUCUUUUUUCCAAUUCAACGGGAUCACGUACGGCCAAGGAAGAGGCGUCCCCAUGGGUAGCCCCAUCGCAGGGGACCUAUGCGAAAUAGUGGUCAGACAAUUAGAAGAUAUAGUCAUCCCUCAAUACUCACCUAACAUCUUACUAUAUAAACGAUACGUGGAUGAUAUUCUCAUCUUAUGGAGGAUUGAGCCGGAUGUUUCAAGGUUCGUUGAUUCGUUCAAUGAUAAUCCAUACGGCCUGACCUUAGAGAUCGAUCAAGCUCACGCUUCUGAAGCCCAUUUUCUCGACAUCAACAUCAAGUUCGAACAAACAACUACCCGUACAGAAGUGUACCGGAAACCAGGGGCUGAGCAUCUAUACAUUCCAAUAGGAUCGUGCGAUCCACCGAACUAUAAAAUGGCAGCCUUCAACGCCUUAAUUAGGAGAGCAUACUCGCAUUCAUCGGAUCGGAUAUCCCUACAUGCCGAACUAAGACAUAUUGAACAAAUAGCCAACGAACAUGGUUAUCCCAAGAUCGUACGUAAAUUGAUCCGCAAAUGGCGCUGCCGAGAAGUAGCCCUUAACCAAGCACCCAAGGAAGUUCCAUCUAACAUCAUCCCGGUUACAUACAAUCCGUACCUGAAAUCAAUUUACAACACAAUAGCGAAGAAAAAGAAUAUUCGCAUCGCGUAUAGAAGAUGCGCCACAAUUUUUGACAUUUUACGGAACGGGAAAGAUACCCCAAACAAAGAACGACGCCCAGGGGUAUAUACCAUCCCAAUGAUUGAUCAUAGAUGGAACAGAAGCCUGAUAUACGUAGGAUCCACUAAGCGCUCCUUAGAGGUGAGAAUUAAAGAACACAUGGCGGAUAUUCUACAUGCAAGGCAAAACACCGCUCUUGCCGUCUAUGCCUCGGAUACGGAAAUAGAACCGUUAUUCAGCCAGGCCAAGGUAAUCCGCACUACAAAGUACACACACCACCUUAGAUGGCUAGAGGCCCUGUACAUAUGUAUGGCUACGCUUAAAGACGACAAUUGCAUUAACAACAAAGACGAGAUCAUCCUGUCAACUGCAUGGCAGGUGCUCGUAGACAAAAAGUUACGUUAAUUUAGAACCAGCGAAGGGGCGCAUGCGUCAAUGACGCCAGCGAUACGUACGAGAAAAUUCGUAAUGAUGUUCUUUUUUCAAUCAAAUUUGAAUGGCGUUCGCUUGGACAUGUUACCUGAGGAAGAACUUAAAGUUCGAAAGCGCUAGUAAUACUUCGUUUACAGAGAAGCACACCGGAAACAGGUUCAUUGUACGUUGUUUUUUGAUUAUUCUAUCCCGGUGUAGUGCAGUGCCGAUUUAAUUA